AUGUCGUAUCGUUCAAAGUCGGAGAAAUACAGAGACGCUGAUUUGUACAAAGCAUUAUCUAGAGGGGCCUUACUAAAUUCACCUGAUCCUGGCAUAGAGAUAAAUAUGACAGAGGACAUAAGUAGGGGUUCCCAAAGUGUCGAAAGAAGCUUCAAAAGUCAUCAGCUAAAUGGCUUGCCAGAUCAGGUCUCUAGUCCAGUCAGAAAAGAAGUAGUCAGCAGAUCGGCUCUUGGAACGAACACUCCAAACAAUUAUGAUGAGAUAGAUGUGGAGAGUGGAAAAUUGGAGGAGGUUAGAGUAAAAACAGUGCGUAGUAGUAAAAGAGUACUUAGAAUACACAACCAGGCCUUUCUGGCUGGCCUUGCAUAUUGUUUUUCUUCCUGUAGCAUGAUAUUGGUUAACAAGUACGUCCUCUCCAGUUAUAACUUUAAUGCUGGAAUAUCUUUGAUGCUAUACCAGAAUUUUGUCUCAGUGAUUAUUGUCGUCACUUUGAGUUUCCUUGGCAUCAUUACCACUGAACCACUUACAUGGAGAUUAAUUAAAGUCUGGUUGCCUGUAAAUGUUAUAUUUGUUGGGAUGCUGAUCACUAGUAUGUUCAGUCUAAAGUACAUUAAUGUUGCCAUGGUCACUGUUCUGAAGAAUGUAACCAAUGUGAUGACUGCUGUUGGUGAAAUGUAUUUAUUCAACAAGCAUCAUGACAACAGAGUUUGGGCAGCUCUUUUCUUAAUGAUCAUUUCAGCAAUAUCUGGAGGAAUUACAGAUCUCUCUUUUCAUGCCAUUGGAUACACGUGGCAAUUCAUCAAUUGUUUUUUGACAGCAUCCUAUUCUCUGACUUUGCGUAGAGUCAUGGAUACUGCAAAGCAAGUCACCAAAUCUGGGGACUUGAAUGAAUUCUCAAUGGUCCUGCUAAAUAAUACCCUUUCGCUGCCCCUAGGAACAUUACUCAUUUUUGUAUUCAAUGAGGUUGAUUAUCUUUCAAGAACACCACUUCUGAGGCUGCCCACCUUCUGGCUGGUCAUCACGCUUAGUGGAUUCUUGGGUUUGGCAAUAAGCUUUACUUCCAUGUGGUUUCUUCGUCAAACCGGGGCUACUACAUACAGCCUUGUUGGUUCGCUAAAUAAGAUACCUCUUUCUGUUGCUGGUAUCCUUAUUUUUCACGUCCCAACAAGUUUGGAAAAUUCUGCAAGCAUAUUCUUCGGCUUACUGGCUGGAGUGUUUUUUGCAAGAGCAAAAAUGCGUGACAGAACUCGAUCGUGA